AUGGUGUUUGCAAGAGAAGAUGAAGUUGAUUAUGAUCGAAAAAGCGAAGUACAAGCAUUUGAUGAAACCAAGUCUGGUGUUAAGGGACUUGUUGAUGCUGGAGUUACCAAGAUACCUCGGAUCUUCAUUCAUCCACAAUGCAGCUUGGAAAGGAACCCGAAUUCGAGCAAAAGACAGUUUAGUUUUCCUGUGAUUGACCUACAAGAUAUUCAUACAAAUCCCGGAAGGCGAAAAGAGAUAGUUGAUAAGGUUAGAGAUGCAUCAGAGACACUGGGUUUCUUCAAUGUUAUAAAUCAUGGUAUUCCAGAAAACAAAUCCCUGGAAAUGAUUGAAGGCGUGCGUCGAUUUUUCGAGCAAGCUACUGCGGCUAAGAAACAGUGGUACACAAGAGAUAUUACAAAAACAGUUGUGCAUAAUAGCAACUUUGAUUUGCUUACCUCACCAGCAGCUAAUUGGAGGGAUUCAUUUUAUGCCAUCAUGGCUCCUGAUGUUCCAUCUCCAGAUGAACUGCCUCAGGCCUGCAGGCAUCACCAAAGUGCCCAGGAUAUUCAUUACCAAAAGGGUAUCCUGGAGAACAGGAGCUCGAAUUUCGGGUACAAAGGUUCAGCAGAACUCACAUUCCCUAUAAUUGACCUGGAUGGUACUCACACAAAUCCAACAAAGCGCAGAGAGAUUGUGGAUAAGGUAAGAGAUGCAUCGGAGACAUGGGGCUUUUUCCAAGUAGUAAAUCACGGCAUCCCGAACAGUGUUUUGGAGGAAAUGAUUCAGGGAACUCGCAGAUUUUUCGAGGAAGACGAUGAAGUGAAGAUGCAAUUGUAUACAAGAGAUUUGACCAAAAAAGUGAUCUAUAACUCUAACUUCGAUUUGUACAGUUCUCCAGCUGCGAACUGGAGGGAUUCAAUGCUUUGUGUAAUGGCUCCUAAUACUCCAUCUCCUGAUGAAUUGCCUCAGGCUUGCAGAGAAAUUUUGAUGGAAUACUCCAAAGAAGUGAUGAAUUUGGGAUGCUUGUUGUUUGAGUUGCUGUCAGAGGGUCUCGGGCUUCAUCCAAGUUACCUCAAAGACAUUGAUUGUACAGAGGGACUUUCUGUUAUUUUCAAUUACUAUCCAGAAUGUCCACAGCCAGAACUUACCAUCGGCACGACGAAUCAUUCAGACAAUGAUUUCAUCACAGUUCUUCUCCAAGAUCAGUUAGGUGGUCUCCAAGUAAUGCAUCAGAAUCAAUGGAUUGAUGUUCCUCCCACACCUGGAGCUUUAGUUAUCAACAUUGGAGACCUUCUUCAGCUUAUAUCCAAUGACAAGUACAAAAGCGUGGAACACAGAGUACUCGCGAAUCGAGUUGGCCCGAGAAUAUCAGUCGCGAGUUUCUUCUUCACCGGUCCACUUCCAACAGGGAAGAUUUAUGGACCAAUCAAGGAUAUAUUGACAGACAAGAAUCCUCCAAGAUAUAGAGAAACUACAGUAAAGGAAUAUCAUGAUCACUUCUGUGGCAAAGGGCUUGAUGGAACUUCUUCUUUGUCACAUUUCAAGCUCUAG